AUGUCAGAGAAGAGGAGGGCCGAAAUAGAGGCUAAGCGGGCGAAGCUUGCAGAGCUCCGUAAAGCAAGAGCCGAUCGCCAGAAGGCAGACGCGGAUCGUCGACUCUCCGAGAGUACAGGUGGUCCCUCGGGCGCGCGGAGAGACGUUGACGAUUUGGUCAAUGCCCUCAUCGGCUCAGGCAGUCGCGCGGAUGGCGCGGACACGCCCGUCUCCUCUGUGCCCGGUACCCCCGCGCUCGGACAUGCAAGUUUGCCAGGCCCGUCCUCUGUACUUUCUGGACGAUUGAGCAGGCAGAGCGAUGCUGCGUCGGACAGCAGGUACAGUCUCGGGACUACCCUCAUUCAGUCGCAGAAUGGGGCGACGGAGAAUGUCAUUGAACGGGAGAUGACUCCACGGAUAGUGCCGGACCUUAUAGACAUCGAACAGGAGCUCUUUGAGUUGCCACAGAAGGAGCGCGUAAUUUACAACAAGGAGGUCCAAACGAUGGAGGUUGAAACUGAGCCUGCCGCCGCGACCGAGGAGGAGAUUCGGGAACAGAUUCUGCGUGAGCGAGAAGUCGCGGAGGCGGAACGAUUAGCGCACGAGCAAGAGCUAGAAGCGGAGAGUAAACGCCUAGAUGAGGAGAUUGCACAGGAGAUUCGGGAAAUGACGGACGAGGAGAAACUGAUCAUCUUCUCGGCACCGGAGUUCUUGGACUUCGUUGAGCAGUCUACCAAGAUCAUCCAACGAGCACUUAACGACAACUAUGACUACAUUCGCGACUAUACCAUUGGUGCAGAAAGUGGAACAAGGGAAGCCUCCGAAGGGCGAAUCAAGAAUGUAUGCGCAUUCUACGACGAGCGGUUUGGCAAGAACCGCUCGAUCACGGAUAUUGACUGGUCCCCCAAGUACCCAGAACUCAGUUGCGCAUCAUAUAACAAGAACCCCGCCGCGCUGAACGAGCCGGACGGCAUCGUUGCGGUCUGGAACCUACACCUGCUUGAACGACCAGAGUUCGUCUUCCACUCUCAGUCAGACGUAUUGUCGGUAACAUUCUCGCCAUUUCACUCCAACCUGAUAUUCGGUGGUACCUAUUCUGGGCAAAUACUACUGUGGGAUACGCGAUCGAAGCACCUGCCCGUCUUGAAGACGCCAUUGUCUGCUGCUGGGCACACGCACCCGGUGUAUGCAAUGCAAAUGGUGGGCACGCAGAAUGCGCACAAUCUCAUCACGAGCAGUACCGACGGCACGGUGUGCAGCUGGCUCGUGGACAUGCUCGCGCAACCUCAGGAAACGCUAGAGCUCGUGCACGCUGGGCACAACAAGACGAGCGAGGUGUCCAUCACAUCUCUCAACUUUCCAGACAAUGAGACGACGACGUUCUGGGUUGGCACAGAGGAAGGCAACGUGUACCAGGCAAACCGGUACGACCGCGCAGGGGCGAAGGCAGGUCUGAACCAGUACGACGUUUACAAGGGACACUCGGGGCCUGUCAUGGGGCUGCACUUCCACCCGCUCGUGGGGCCGGUUGACUUCUCGGAUCUGUUCCUGUCGUGCUCUGUGGACUGGACUGUCAAGCUGUGGAGAGCGAAGUCGCUGGCAAAGCCUUCGACGGCAGUGAAUAACGUAGCGCCUCUGUACUCGUUCGACGAAGCGGACGACUACGUGUACGACGUGAAGUGGCAUCCUACGCACCCGGCUCUGUUCGGCACGGUAGACGGCGCGGGUAAAUUCGACCUCUGGAAUCUGAACCACGACACGGAGGUGCCGGUGGUCUCCACGAGCGUCGGGUCUGGACGCGCGUUGAACAAGCUUCGGUGGGAACGGAAGGACGGGCGGAGGGCUGCGUUGGGUGGAAGCGACGGACGGCUCUAUAUUUACGACAUCGGGGACAUGGCGCUCCCCAGGGAGUCCGAGUGGACGGACAUGCAACGGACGGUCGCAGGGAUCAUGGGAGGGGGACCGCAGGCAAAUGGACUCGGAGACGACUCUGCGCGGAUCGUUGCGGGGCGCUGA